GGAAAAGUGGUGUGAAUGUGCUCAUCUGAUAAAAAAAGCUACAGCAGUCACUAAAAGCAGAGGUGCUCUCGCAGUCGCAGCUGCCAUGGAAAUGGAAGGAACGAGGCCUGGGGUGCAAAAGUCAUAAAAUCAUCACCUCGUGCUAAUGUCGACUCUGUUUCUUCACCUCUUCCUCUUUUUACUCCACAUAAUCCUCUUAUCCCGCCUUCUUCUUCCCCGGUGGAUCCAGACCAAACUCCGCCACCAUCUCUUCGCAACUCCUCCUCCUUCGUCCGCCACCUCUUCUUCUCCGGCGGCGUUCGAUUCAGUUGAACCAGUCCCCAAAACCGGCAAAAAUCCGUUUCCUCUCACUCUCCUGCCCAAGUACGACGUGUUCAUCAGUUUCAGAGGGGAGGAUGUUCGAGACACCUUCCUGAGCCAUCUCUACUCUCAUCUGAGCGACAACAAGAAGGUCUGCGCCUACAAAGACGACAGGGAUUUGGGAAGAGGAGAGCAGAUCUCUGCGUCUCUGGUGGAAGCAAUCGAGAGAUCCACGGUCUACUUGGUGAUUUUCUCCCCCAAUUACGCCAACUCCAGAUGGUGCUUGGAGGAGCUCGUCAAGAUCCUCGACUGCAGCCGACGGUACGGGCGGAAGGUGAUUCCGGUGUUUUACGGCGGGUCGGAUCCCUCCCAGGUCCGAAAUCAAACCGGGAGCUAUGCCGAUGCCUUCGCUCGACGGUACCGAAAUCUGCCGGUGGAGAAAGUCCAUGGGUGGAGAGCGGCGCUCCGGGAAGCGGCCAACAUUUCCGGGUUCGACUCACGGAUCACCAGGUUUAGCCCCUAAUCCUGUGAAAACUCAGAAGAACCCUUAUUAGAUUUGUUUGAGCUAUGAAACCCUCUUGCCUCUUGCUAAGAAUUGUAGUUAUUGAAGCCCCAUUGAACCCAUUUUCGAGAUAAUUUUAAGUGAAGGUUACCUGCCAAUGAAAAAGGUUCAAGUAAUUGCAUUUGACAGGCCGGAAACUGAUCUCAUCAAGGAAAUCUCAAAAGCUGUGGUUGAGAGGAUGCACAGUCAAAUGAUGCUGCCAUCAAAUGCUACAUAUGGUUUGGUAGGAGUAGAGAAAAGCAUGAGAGCAAUUGGGUUGUCAUUGUGCAUUGAGACGGAAGCUAACUGGACGAUAGGACUGUGUGGAAUGGGUGGCAUCGGGAAGACGACUCUCGCGAAAGCUAUAUACGACCAAUUCUCCAAUCAAUUUGAAGCUUCAUGUUUUGUCAGUAAUUUUGCGGACCACCUAAGUAGGUUACCGCAGUUGUUUGAUGGUCUACAAAAUGAACUGUUCUCGAGGUUGUUGCCAAACGAGAAUGGGUAUAGCAUACCUGCUAGUUUCAAGCUCAACCGCCUCCGCCGGAUAAAGGCUCUCAUUGUCAUCGACGACGUGGACAACAUUAAGCAGUUGGAGGAUCUAUUUGAUAGACGAUAUUGUGAUUUAUUUGGACCCGGGAGUAGAAUUCUUUUAACUAGUAGGAACAAGCAGCUCCUUAAGAACGUGUGUCAUCAAAUAUAUGUAGUUAAUCCUUUGGAUGACAAUGAAUCUCUUCAACUUUUCUGCUUACAUGCCUUCAAGGAAGAUCAUCCACCACCUGGAUAUUUAUGGGCCUCCAAUCUAGCUAUAACCUAUGCAAGUGGCAACCCGUUAGCUCUUAAAGUUCUAGGCUCAAAUUUGUAUGGUCGAAACAAGGAGUUUUGGGACUGUGAAUUGAACAUGUUGCGAAACAGACCCGAUGAAGACGUCAAGAAUGUUGUCUUGAGGAGGAGUUAUGAUGGUUUAAACGAAGUGGAGAAAAGUGCAUACCUUGAUAUUGCCUGCUUCUACGACCCAUGGGGUAGUACAUAUGAUAUGUUGGGGAAAUUUGAGGAGAAAGUAUUAGAUGGAUGUUAUGCAGAAUAUGGUGGGUCUUGUAACCUCGUUACUAAGCUCGUGGAUAAGUCUCUUUUAAGUAUUGGUGAUUCUCUUGGAAUACAAAUGCACAGAUUGCUUCAAGAUCUGGGUCGCAACAUCGUCAAUGAAGAGCGAAGUGUUGGAAAACGUUCUAGGUUGUGGGAAGCUAAAGAUAUAUAUAAUUUGCUCAUCCAGAAGAAGGCAAGUGUGAAAACAACUUAUCAUCCCUAGAUGGGUGAGGCUCUUGACACUUAUUGUUAAGCUUGUUUAUCAGUUUGGUAAUUGUUUGUGUUAAACAGGGGAGUGAAUCUGUCGAAGUCAUCGUUUGGAAUCUAUGUGAAAUGCAGUAUGAGGCUGGCGAAAUAUGUGUGGACUCUGAUGCUUUUCGGAACUUGGAAAAUCUUAGGAUACUAGCAAUUUACAACUAUGAUGCUCUGCCAGAACUGGUACUUCCCGAGGAUGGGCUGGAAUGUUUGCCAGAAACGUUGAGGUGCCUUUACUGGGAUUUCUUCCCUUCAAGAUGGUUCGGAUCUAAAUUCUCUCCUCAGAAUCUUGUUUCACUUGAUUUGCGCCAUAGUAACAUUGAGCAACUAUGGGAAGGAGCACAUAAUGUGGAUCUGGGAAAUUUGAAGUACCUUAAUUUAAGGGAAUCCCAACACCUGAGCAAGUUGCCUAGUUUUUCCACGGCGAAGAAACUUGAGUGGAUCGAUUUGGAGUACUGUGAAAGCUUAGUUGAGCUUCCCCUGUCAAUUUUCUAUCUUCCCAGGCUGGAAGUCCUCCUUCUAAGGUAUUGUACAAGUCUGAAUCUGACUGACCUGGUGGGUCGUUACAGAGAAGAAAUUGGCUCCCAGAUCUUACCAAAUCUGAAAAAAUUAGACAUAACUGGGACAGCAACCCAAAAGAUUCCCGAUUUUUUCUGCCACUCCCAAAUUGUGGAGCUUCAUUGUGACAAUUGUCCAGACAUGACAGAAUUUCCAGUCAUCCCAAGCGUCAAAGCCUUGAGCUUGAGUGGAACCUUGAUCCAAGGACCGAUCGAGGUUGAGUUUCUUUACGGGUUGAAGGAAUUGACCUGUACAGAUAACCGCCAUCUACUUUGUCUCUCGAAUGGCUUCUGUGACUUGAAAUCGCUUGAAAGAAUCGAUCUAAGUGGGUGCAGCCAGCUAAAGGAGUUCCCAGAUAUCAUGGAACCUAUGGGAGCUUUGUUGAGCGUUCGUUUGACUGGUUGCAGCAAUCUGUCAACUCUUCCUGACAGCAUAUGUAAUCUGACACACUUGGGAGAGCUUGAUCUGCAGAAUUCAGGAAUUACAGAGCUUCCGUCCUCCAUCGGAGAUCUGAUACACUUGUGGCACUUGGGACUUGCGUGUUGUACAAGUCUCACAACCCUUCCAAACACCAUCCACAAGCUGUGCAAAUUGGUUCGGCUCGACUUGUCAAACUGCAUUCUACUGACUCAGUUACCUGAGCUCCCUUCAUCCUUGGAACAUCUGAAUGCACACGGGUGCAGGUCGCUUCGGACGGUGUCGUGCAUAGAGAAACACAACCUCUGCACUGGUAAGUGGAGCUUUGGCAACUGUCCCGAGCUCGAUCCAAAAUCUUUCAGGGAGCUUGUAGCCAAGUUUACCCGUGAUGUUGAAGAAUGUCAUUUGAGAGUUCCCCAGAAGCCAACUAUUAUACUUCCAGCAGAAGGUGCUAUGGGGGAAGCAAGGAGAUCUUCGGUGUUGGUGGAGCUGCGGCAGACUUGGAGGCUGAAGGGCCUAAUUUACUGGGCUCUCCUCGACUUCUCCUGCCUUGUCAAUAUAGCUUCCGCCGGCGUCUAUCGCGGGCAUACACUUCCCGGGAAGUACCACGUGGACUGCUCUAUCCGCAACGGUGGUGUGGACGGCGGCAGGGAAGAUAUCGUCAGCCGGUGUGAGUUGGAAGCAGCGGUGGAUGACCUUGCCGGAGGAGAUGGGAACCGCCUGCUGAUAAUGUGGUAUGAAGAUGGCUUUAACGGGAUCAGCUUUGAAGGUGGCGAAGAUGAGAAUACGACCAUCUUUGUUGAGUUCUUCUUUCGCGCUGGCUUUCCCGUCCGUUCGAAGCGGAUGGAAAUGUCGAACCCGAUCAUGAGUUGUGGUGUACUAUGGCAGGUAUACGACGACAGAGUGACGUAUUUGAGCUAACUUGUUCACUCUUUGAUUCAGCCUACUUCAAUCUUCUUGGGAUAUAUUCAUGCUCGUGAGGUUUCGACAUGUGACAGGAGUAAUUGAACUAACUUGCUCACGAUUAGUUGAUAUGUCACAAGAAAGUUGUUAAACUUGUAUAUCUUGAGUAGCAUACUCGGUGAAAGAACUCGAGUAGUCUCUUAUUUUGGUGAUCCAGUGAUUUAUUAGGCGCAAGGUUUUGCCAUACCUAGAGCAAUCAUCUAUUUACAUUUGCAACAAUGCAAACACGACUUCUCGUCA